AUGGCUUUUUUCCUCAUCUUAGUGUUCUGUUUUUGGAUACUCUUCACUGUGUUAUUUUAUGUGCAUGAUUUCCACAUAUGGCAGAGAAAGAAUCUGAUUCUAUACGUGAUCGACCAGCUGGACAGAGAAGAUGAGGCCUACAGUCGCACUAAUAAUCACUUCAGCGAAUCACAGCGUCCUUUACUCCUGAGGAAGAAAAUACGCAAAUUCUUCUGUUGCGGUGGUCGCUCAAGGGAGGACACGAUUAUUCCUCUACGCGACUCGGCUAUCAUUCCACUCAUGGUGCAGCCCCAAGGAGGCGGUGCUCACAACGCGGGCAAUUCGCGUGGAGAACAGCUUCGAGUGAAUCCCUCGGUUGCGCGUUCAUCUCCUUCAUCGCAGCAAACAAGCACAGGU